AUGGAGAGGUCCCUGGAGUUGGCCAACAUGACAAGAGUCCAGCAAUUUGUCUUGCUGGGUUUGUCCACAAGGCCAGACAUAAGGGAUGUCCUGUUUGCCAUCUUCCUGACUCUCUACCUGCUCAUCCUCCUGGAGAACACACUCAUCAUCUAUCUCAUCUGCAGUCACAGGGAGCUCCACAAGCCCAUGUACUUCUUCCUGGGCAACCUGAGCUACCUGGAGAUGUGCUACGUGUCAGUGACCAUGCCCAGCCUGCUGGUGGGGCUGUGGACUGGGCCCUACAAUAUCUCCUUCACAGCCUGCAUGACCCAACUCUUCUUCUUCGUCUCCCUUAUCUGUACGGAGUGCACCCUCCUGGCCUCCAUGGCCUAUGACUGCUAUGUGGCCAUCUGCCGCCCACUCCACUAUCUGCUGCUCAUGAGGCCCCAGGUCUGCCUGAGUUUAGCUUCGUCCUCAUGGCUUGGUGGACUGAUGGUCUCAGCAGUCAAGACAACAUGCGUUGCCACCUUGUCCUAUUGUGGCCCCAAUGUCCUCAACCAAUUUUUCUGUGAUGUCUCCCCUCUGCUCAACCUAUCUUGCACCCACGUGGCCCUGACAGAGCUGGUGGACUUCAUCUCUGCCAUUGUCAUCUUCUGUGGAACACUGCUGGUAGCUCUGGCCUCCUACUCAGCCAUUGGGGUGGCUGUGCUCCGCAUGCCUUCAGCUGCUGCCCGACGUAAGGCCUUCUCCACCUGUGCCUCCCACCUGGUUGUGGUGGGCAUCUUCUACUCAGCAGCCCUCUUCAUCUACUGUCGCCCCAGCCGUAUCAAAUCCAUGGACCUAAACAAAGUGCUGUCAGUCAUCUACACAGUGGUCACACCCAUGUGCAACCCCAUCAUCUACUGCCUGCGAAACAAGGAGGUCCAUGCAGCGCUGCGGAAAACUCUCCACUGGCCUUGAUCCUGGUCUUGGAUAAUUGGACCUCUCAUCUCUGGACUGAAAAUCUUUCAUGGCCAUGAAACACCAUAAAUAAUGUUGAAAGGCAAAUGAAAAACUGAAGAAAUAUAUUUCCCACCUAAUAUACAAUGAGUUCAUAUCAAUCAAUAACAAAAUCUGAAUUACCCAUGAGAAGACUGAGCAAUAUCCAUGAGGAAGCAAGUUAUCAAAGAUGAACGGUAACUUCAUGACAAGAUGCUCGACUUUGAUAGUGAAGCAAGAAAUCCAACUCUAACAAUCCCAUCAUCUUAUUCCUAGAAGACUGACAAAUGUUGACCAAAUGUGUCUGUAUGUUCCCACAAGGAGAGAUAGAAAACAUGUACAAGGAUGUUUACUGAAUCUUUGUAACGAAAAAAAAUCAGAAGCAAUCUGUAUGUCCAUCAAAAGUGAAUGGCUUAAAUACCUUAUAUUACAUGCAUUCUGAGAUAAACAUUGGGCUAUGAAAUAAAAAGAAAUACAUUUUUAUGUUUGAUGUGGAAAUAUGGGUGAGAUAUACAUAUUAAA